AUGUCCUCCCUCCUUUCCUCGCUGUCUCGCCAUGUCGAUGUUCUAUGCAUCCAAGAACCGUGGUAUGGCCCCCUCAAACACAUUCCCGCGCCCGGUGGUAAACGCAACGUCGCCAUGCCCGGCGACCGGACCAACGACAACAGAUACUUCGGCACACAGUCCGACUCCCACUGGCGCCUCUUCGAACCCUCCAAGACUGAUCACGACAACCCCCCUCGCGUAGUCUGCUACGUCAACACCCGACUGCCGCUAACACGCGCCUUCAGCCACCCAGCACUCCGGCACCGAGACGCUAUACUCCUCGUGCUCCAGCUACGGUCCUCUGACCCUCCUCUCUUUCUACUUAAUGUCUACAAUGACCCUCGCGGUCACUCUGCUGUCCUUACUGACCUUAUCUCCCUUCUUCCCCGCCUCCCAGAUCAAGUACGCUGCGUCGGUGGCGACUUCAAUCUCCAUAGCCCCGACUGGGACCCCUCGUGGGGAACCUCCUCUCCGCGUACUGACCUACUCACCCUCUCCCACCUUAUAGGCGCCUGGGACCUUGACCUCCGCUCCCCGGUCGACGUCCCCACGCACUUCCCCCACAACCCCCGACUCCGGGGAUCCGUCAUCGACCUCGUCUGGAGUCCACGAGACCACCCACGUGACUCCGUUCAGGUCCGUGCUGCGGCCCGUGGCCUCUCCGAUCACGCCCUCUUAUACGUCACCCUGCCCACUGAUCCCAUAUCCCUUCUCGGACCUCCGGCAAUCUCCGAUGACAAUCUCGAGGACUUCCUCACCGACCUGGCCCAGACCCUCGUCGGUUUCUUCAACUCGACACCUCGCCCGGACUCUGGCCCCGACGUCGAGCGCUACACACAGGCGCUUUACGACUCCAUCUCCACCACCUGGGAAUCCCAUGCCCAGCCCCGCGAUCUCUGUGCCCGCUCCAAACCCUGGUGGAACAACGUCACCAAAGCAGCACAGCGACACCUCUCCACCACCCUUAAACGCACCACCCCACCCUUUCGGACCGCCCGUGCAUGCCAUCGCGCUUUCCUCCAGCAUCGCGACACCCCCUCCAACACUGCCCUCCCCAAGAUCGCACAACUUCAAUGCCUUGAAGCUCGCCGCUCCUACUUCAAGGCCAUCCCCAACGCCAAACACGCCUUCUUCGAACAGCGCAUCCACGAUGUCGCCACCAACAAUGCCCGGGUCUGGGACCUGACAGCCUGGUAUAAACCACGGCGGUCGGACACUGCUGAUAUCGUUGACUCCCUAGGCAACCCAAUCCUCACCUGUUACAGCAAAGCGUGUCAGCACUCAAGGGGUCGUGUGCAGGUUAUGCACAACGAGGACGCAGACUGA